AAAACUUGUCAGUUACUCAGUUUCAUGACUUUUCAACGAAUUUCUUGGACGUUUUGCUGCAGGAUAAAGAUUGCAAAAACCCAAGUAAAUCCAUAAAAUCUAAUGAAAUCAAAACCGCAUCUCUUUCCUUUUGUGCUAUAAAUGCUAUUCCUUAUGAAACCAAAAGAGAGUUGAAACCUGCAAUCGAAAUAUGUCAGCCGUUUCCACCCGAGCCGUUGGCAAAAAGUGCUGGAAACAACAUGAAUUUGUUGCACAUGGUCAUAAUGUCAACUGCCUUGCUCUGGGACCAGCAUCGGGCAGCGUCAUGGUCACAGGUGGUGAUGACAGAAAAGUUAACAUGUGGAUGGUUGGGAAACCAAAUGUUAUCCUGAGUCUUUCUGGUCAUACCAGUCCAGUAGAAAGUGUCCAGUUCAACCCUCUUGAAGAAAGUGUUGUGGCUGGAUCACAGUCUGGAACAAUGAAAAUCUGGGAUGUUGAAGCUGCUAAAAUCACGCGGACAUUGACUGGUCAUAAGUCCAGCAUCAAGAGCACAGACUUUCAUCCCUACGGUGAAUACAUAGCAUCUGGCUCAAUGGACACUAAUGUCAAGGUCUGGGACAUACGAAGAAAAGGAUGCAUAAUGACAUUCAAGGGUCAUACAGAUGUUGUGAACCACUUACGGUUUAGUCCGGAUGGAAGAUGGAUUGUCUCUGCAGGCGAAGACAGUCUAUGCAAGCUGUGGGAUCUGACUGCUGGUAAGCAGUUAUCCGAGGUGAAGCAUGCUGGUCCAGUGAACACUGUUGAAUUUCAUCCAAAGGAAUUUCUCAUGGCAACUGGCAGUGGGGACAGGACAAUCAAGUUUUGGGAUUUGGAAAAAAUAUGUUUAGUUUCAUCAACUGACCAAGAAUCUAAUCCCAUCAGGGCCGUGGUGUUUCACCCGGAAGGACAAUGUCUUUUCAGUGGCGCCAACGAUUCGUUAAAGUUGUAUGGUUGGGAACCGUUGCGAUGUUUUGACAGCUUUUCAGUGGGAUGGGGCAAAGUAUCCGAUAUGGUCGUUGCUUCAGAAAAACUGAUCGCCGCUUCGUUUUUCCAAACGAACGCUUCAAUUUGGGUGUCAGAAUUCCAGAACGUUGAAGAGAUGGUUUCAAAUUUCGAGGAAUUGCACGUGAACGAUAAGGAACCACAAGUCGCUCAGGUUGCACGACCGACUACCGGAGCGAAGCCUAACGAAGAGAAGAAAACGAGUCCGCAAAGAAAAGUGUUUGAAACAAAACGGCCCGUUACUACUUCAUCUAAGACGAGAAAAGGCAAAGUUGAACAACAAGCUGAGAAAAAGCCGAGUACACCUGUCAGGAAGUCGCCAACCGAAGAUAACUACGGCCAGGUUUUUACACCACGAUCGGCUUUGGAACGUUCCCCGCCACCGCGGGCAAGAUAUCCUUCACAAGCGAACGAGCCACAGCCGCAACAAGAAAAUAACCCAGAAGAAACAAGAGACGAACCCGCCGUGAGCAAGCCUGAAAAAUUACCCGCAAAGAAUGCGCCUGAGAAACCCCAGAAAAACGUGCCUGAAAAAAUUCAGAAGAAUGUCCCGGAAAAAGCCGUUAAACAGCCAGCGCAAACAAAACCCCAGCAACCACCUGCAUCAGCGCCACCGGCAUCCAAAAAAGCUCAAGAUAGAAAGGUCCCGUCUCCCGAGGAACCCGAUCAUAUUCAUUCUGGUAAACCAAGCACUCUGGUUCCAUCUGAACGUAAUAAACCCGCUGGUUUAUAUAUGGAAGAUUUCCUGCCCGAUAACGACGUAAGCCAAGUAAAGAAAGAGAUCAAUCCAGAUCGGGAUAUUCCGUCAGCACCAAAAAUCACCGAUGCCGAAGCGGCGAAUGUUAUUCAAAAAGGUCAUACGCCUUUCAAUGCUGUGAUUUCAAACAGACAUAGAAAUCUUAACAUGGUGUGGAGGCAGUGGAAAGACGGUGAUAUCAAGGGUGCUGUACAGCUCGCGAUCAACAUGAACGAUCAAUCAACUUUAGUUGAUUUUCUCAGUGUUCUUUCUCUGAAACAAACACUGUGGACAUUAGAUCUUUGUUCUGUUGUUCUACCAAAUGUUCGAGAUCUCUUAAUUAGUAGAUAUGAAAGUUACAUUCAAACCGGAGCCUCGGUCGUGAAGCUCGUACUAAGAAAUUUCGCUCCGGUCAUAAAAAGCAACAUGGCAGCCCCCCCGGUCGCGGUCGGUGUUGACGUCGUCAGAGAAGAACGAUUUCAAAAAUGUCAGAGCUGUCAUGCACACCUGAUGUCAUUACGUGGUGUAAUUCAAACCAAGUUGAACGUCCCGGGCCGAAGCGGCAGCCUGUAUCGCGAAUUGUCGCUGCUCUUUUCAUCCCUGGACUGAAUUUUCAACAACCACGGGUCCCGUUCCUCCGCGGCACGAAGCCACCAGCCAUUAACCCGAUCUCAAUUUUUCGUCUUGUGCGCUUUCAAGACGGCUGUUAUGUGUGAACAGUGUUCUCUACAGUACCGCCGGCGGUUUGUUUUUCAUGCGCUGUCCGGUCACAUUCUCUAGCUUAGCUAUAUUUCCGCUAGACACGAAGUAAAUAAUAAUUCAAUUCAACUUUGCUAAAAACGUGGGAUAUCUAGCGCAGAUGCCUUCGCUCAUGUCGCGUCCUUUACGAUAAAAAAUGUCGCAUUGGUAGUUACAGAUGAUAGUACAUGUUGAGGCCUAUCAGCCGACUCUUUCAAGCCUCAAAGUAGAUAGUUAUUGGUACGAGGCCUGCGUGAAAUUGCUGGAAUUUAAGUUAUGAAAACCUUUGGUUGAGAAUGUAUUUGUGUCGAACUUGGAGACAUACUCGCUGUACGGCCCUUCAAGAAGGACAUUCAUGAAGAAAAAUAUCAUCAAGUAUCCUGCAAAAAAAACCUUUCCUGCUGAAAUUCUUGGUUACUCGAAUGCACUCAGAGCAAAAUCACAAUAUAUGGAACGCUUAAUUUAUGAUCGCCUGAAUUUACCGUCGCACGUGCAUGAGGCGAAGAACUUGUAGAUAAAAACACUCCAUGAUAAUUGUAGAAAUGUGUAUUUGUUAAAAGAACGGGUUUAAACUUUAAACACUUUUUAAUUACACAUAAAUCAACUCGAUACAUAAAAAAAACAACCAACACUAGCUACUUAAUUGAAGAUCACUCCGGGUAAAGAUUUUGCUGCUGUAAACAGGCUUCUCAAUUUUGUUCGUGGAUGUGGAGUUAAUUAACAGAGUUUUUUUCUGAUAAUUUGUUCAUGAUUGACGCAAGCGUGGCGUAUGGUCGAACUUCUCAUCGUUUAAAGAGCGGUCCUUGUCUCGUGUAGUAAAAUAUAACAGCAAGUUUUAUAAACUCAAGUCUUUAAAAACCUGAUCGCUGCCGUAUACGUGGUACAAUACUCUUUCUCAGAACGCACUUCCAUGAAAAGCAGUAGACAUAAUCUAAUAAUAUGCGUUAACAUUACAGCGUCUAGCAAAUUACUGCAAUAUAUCCUGUCGUGAAAAGAUGGAUUUUUUACCUAGAUGAAAAUCGCACGUCUGUCUAUGAAUGGAUUAUAACGCUUGACAAACCGGCGUUAUUAGACCGUUGUGUUUGAACAAUCGUAAUCCCUGGAUAAUCCAAUAAAGUGUAUUUAUAUACGGUCGUAUUUUUAAUUUCGUCUGUACUCCCACCGUAUUCAACUAAUUUUUAUAAAUGUAUCACGUUGCAAUGUAACCAACAGUCCAACAUAGCCCGCGCAGUAAUUUGACUUAAGUUAGCUUACAGAACGUGCUUCCGUUGACCUAUGAAUAUUAUAUUCAUUUAUAUCAGUUGAAGUAGAGUUUGUUUGCGCAUAAUAUCAUGAAUUAGGGCAUUUAAGAAUGUGACAUUUAUACUAUCAACUCAUUUAACAUUUGCACGCAUAUGCUACUUUUUUUUACCCUGGAUUGUGUCUGUUAUCCAACAGGGAUGAAUUGACUCCCAAACAGCACUGUGUCUGUGUUUUUUAAAGGCUUUUUUUCAACAUCUCUCUGAUAAUCCGAUAUCUUGCAUAUUAUAACCGUACAUUACAUGAGUGUAUAUCCAUUUAAACUGCCACCAGCGACACAGACGAGGAUUUAAUAACGUUGCACAGUUAUCUUAGAAUGAAUAUUUAAAAAAAAAUAAUGCAGGACAGGACAGGACACGUACUCUCGAUGUGUGAGAUGUGUGAAUCAACGGUCUAAAGUCGAUGCCACGUUUUCAUUCAUCGUGAUAACCAUCUUGCAGCAACCAACCCUAAGGCAUUUUGAUCGGAUGAAGGCAUUCACAGG